GGGGCAGUCAAGGACCGAAGAGGAAACAGGAUUGGAGAGGUUAUUUAUGGAUGGAUAGUAACCAGAAAACACUCGAUCAAGCGGCUUCAGUUUGCUCUUUUUCCGGUCAAAAGAGUCUGUAAUGUCAGGUCUGUCCGGCAGGGAGUGUUGAAAGGUCGAGGUUCGCAAUACCUUACCCUAGGACUCGGCGAAAUACCAGACACUUUAUUCUAAAAUGACUAAACCAAACAAGAUCAAAGAGGCCGCACCUCCCGAAAUGCCUAGUCUGACACCAUCCAGCUCUUCACUUUAUCCUUCGGCCACCAGGGUCGAGAAGGAUACCGGAGAGAAGCAUGCGACUAUGCGGACCACACGAAACUUGACCGGCAAUACUGCAGCAAUGUCUCCGUCGACUACCCGAGAUGAGCCAGCCGCCUUUGAAGAGAUUGCAGCGGCGCCCACUGCGGUGGAGGCGCCACAGCCAGAGGAAAUUGAGGAGAUUGUCGAGAAGAUGCGCGACGGGUCCGCGGGGAUCACUCCCGAGAUGCGCGCCAAGGUCGAGGCGUACUAUGGGCGCAAGGCCGAGGAGGAGAACCUCGCGCCGUCGGCUGAUGUCGUGUACAUCCUCGACAAGAUUGCUCUCAUGUCGGAAGAGCAGGCGAUGGAGAUUCUCGUCAAGGCCAUUGACUUUCAUAGCAUCGAUCCCAAUUUUCCAAGUGCCACAAUGGCAAAGAUCAAGUUGUUGGUUCAGGGGCAAAAGGCUUCGGGGCUUGAUCCGGCAGACUAUGAUUUUGACCUCAAGACCGAGGCGGCUAUCAUUCACUAUCACUCGCCUUACCCCGAAGUCCGCUCAGUCACCAUGCCAGGAGACGACCCAAACACACCCUGCGAAACCUUCAGGGCGUACUUUCUAGGUCUCAUCUUCACCGCCGGCUGUACAGCUAUCAACACAUUCUUCUCCCCGCGUCAACCCAGCAUCGAGAUCAAAGCUCAGGUGAUGCAGCUCCUCCUGGCACCUUGUGGCAAGUUUAUUGCAAAAGUCCUCCCAGAUUGGGGUCUCACUUUCAGGGGUACCAGGUACACGCUCAAUCCAGGCCCCUGGACCUACAAGGAGCAGGUCCUGGCCACCAUCAUGUUCACCAUCGCCAACAAUGUGGGCAAUGUGUACUACGUGUACCUGGUCCAGCGGAUGCCGCAGUAUCUCGGGAACACUUGGGUCACGUUUUCGUACGAGAUUGUACUGGCGCUGGCGACACAGUUCUUCGGCCUGGGAUUUGCUGGGCUUCUCCGCCGGUUUGUCGUCUAUCCAGUGACGGCGAUAUUCCCAAAGGUCUUCCCAGCGCUCGCGUUGAACAGGGCGCUGGUCUUGCCCGAGAAAAAAGGGGAGGUCAUCAACGGGUGGAAGGCAUCGCGGUACCGCUUCUUCCUGACGGCGUUUGUAAUCAUGUUUUUCUACUUUUGGAUACCAAAUUACCUCUUCAAGGCGGUCAGAUCUUUCAACUGGAUGACUUGGAUUGCGCCCGAGAAUUUCACGCUGGGCAUGAUCACGGGGUUCUGGGGAGGCAUGGGCUUUAACCCGCUGCCGACGUUUGACUACAACGUUGCGGGCAGUUCCAUCCUUGUCACGCCCUGGUUCUCGGCCAUCCAGCAGUAUUCCAUGCGAAUCAUCUCAGGUCUGAUCAUCAUUGGGAUGUACUGGGGGAAUAUGUACUGGUCUGCAUAUAUGCCCAUUAACAGUAACGAGGCUUUUGACAAUACUGGCGUCAAAUACAAUGUUACAAAGAUACUCAACGAUGAUCGCACCUCUAUCGAUCUUGGAAAAUAUCAGGAGUAUGGCCCACCCUUCUUCUCAGGUGCCAACGUCUUUGGCCAAGGAGCUUGGUUUGCAUGGUAUCCCAUGACUCUCUUCAGCGUGACUAUCCAAUACUGGGACUCGAUCAAAAGAUCUGGCAUCGACAUGUGGAACGGCAUCCGACACCGAAAAUCGAUUUACGAGUCGUACGACGAUCCGCACACUCGUCUCAUGAGCGUGUACCCCGAGGUUCCCGACUGGUGGUUCCUCGCAGUCCUCCUCACCUCUUUGGCCCUGGGAAUCAUCGCCCUCGAGGUCUGGCCCGUAAACUUACCGGUGUGGUCUCUAUUCGCCGUGGUGGGCAUCAGCGCCAUCAUGCUGAUCCCUUCAGUGCUCAUCAUGGCAUCAGCAAACGUAACCAUGGGAUUCAAUGUACUCUUCCAGCUUCUCGGCGGCAUCUGGUUCGUCGGGAACCCAGAGGCCCUAAUUCUGGUUGUCGCUUUUGGCCAAAACUUUGAUGCCCAGGCCCACGAUUACAUCUCCGACCAGAAGAUGGGCCAUUACGCCAAGGUACCACCCCGAGCCGUGUUCCGCGCUCAGAUGAUAGCCGUCUUCAUCAACUGCUUCAUCUUCGUCGGCAUGCUGGACUGGAUGGUGCUGAACUACAACGACGGGACGCUGUGCCAGUGGGACAACGCGCAGCACUUUGUCUGCACCAACGCGGUGCUCGUCUACGCCUCCUCCAUUGUCUACGGCGCCUUUGGCGUCCGCAACAUGUUUGAGCUUUACCCCAUCCUCCCCUACUGUUUCCUGAUCGGCGCCCUGGUCGGCAUCGCAUGGGGCGUGGGGAGGAGGUUCGGCGGCCGCCUGCGCUCGUAUCUGCAGAGCUCCUCGUCCGAACGCCGCUUCCACUCCCUCGACAGGUGGGUGCUCGGCCCGGCAUCACACCUCUACUGGUUCGACCCGGCCGUGGCCUGGGCGGGCGCCCUCAACUGGACCGGCGGCAACAACCUGUCGUACGCGACUGUCGGCAUCUACCUCAGCUUCUUCUUCAUGUACCAUGUGAAGAGGCACUAUGGUGCCUGGUGGGAAAAGUACAACUACCUGCUCGAGGCAGGGUUCGGCGUGGGGAUUGCCAUAAGUGCCACGAUCCAGACUUUUGGCCUCGUCAUGACCAGGACGGAGCUGCCGUGGUGGGGGAACACGGUAACCACGGCCGGUGUCGACUAUCGUGCGUAUAAUCAGAACGCUACGCUGCUGCCGUUGCCCGAGGCUGGGUUCUUUGGGCCGACGUCUGAUCGGUACCCCAUGAGGUUUUCCUGAGGGGGUUUGAAGUAUGGGUGGGAUAUCUGCCUGAUGGAGGACGUUUUUGGUGGCCAUGUGAGACAAUAAUGCAUUAUGUUACCAUUGAUGCCAUUGCUAUAUAGACGCUUUGUGCUUUCCGUCCUGGUCAGCUAUAAUUAGUACGAGCUAGGAAAUACAAUGCGGCCAUGUUGAUAUAGGUUUUACUUCAAACUCAUAGCAUUGGCUUUCUUCGUUGGUAUCGGUUAACGGUGUUGAGAAAAAAAUGAAAG